GGAGAAGGAGAAGGAGAAGGAGAAGGAGAAGGAGAAGGAGAAGGAGAAGAAGAAGAAGAAGAAGAAGAAGAAGAAGAAGAAGAAGAAGAAGAAGAAGAAGAAGAAGAAGAAGGAGAAGGAGAAGGAGAAGAGGAAGAAGAAGAAGGAGAAGGAGAAGAAGAAGAAGAAGGAGAAGGAGAAGGAGAAGGAGAAGAAGAAGUGGGCUCAGCGCAGCUCCCGAGGAAACGACAAAGAGAGCCAUCAUGUGAAAGAACUUAACGUGGGAAACGGACGCGAGCGGGCUGGAAUACGAGCGGAAGAGAGAAAGUCAAAGGGCGUGAGCGGAAUGUCCGUGGAUGUGAAGCCUGAAGCCCCCAUGUAUGUGUAUGAGUCGACGGUUCAUUGUACCAAUAUCCUCCUCUGCCUCAACGACCAGCGGAAGCAGGAUAUCCUGUGCGAUGUGACUGUCCUGGUGGAGGGCAAGGAGUUCCGCGGGCACCGGUCCGUGCUGGCCGCCUGCAGCGAGUAUUUCCUCCAGGCGCUGGUGGGCCAGGCGGAGAAUGGCUUGGUCGUUAGCCUUCCUGAAGAGGUCACUGCCAGGGGAUUUGCCCCAUUGUUGCAGUUUGCCUACACUGCUAAGCUGUUACUCAGCAGAGAAAACAUCCAGGAGGUCAUCCGCUGUGCCGAAUUCCUGCGCAUGCACAACCUCGAGGACUCAUGCUUUCGCUUCCUGGAAGCUCAACUGCGCAGUGAGGGUGAUGGCCUGCUGCCCUACCACAAGGUGGCUGCGGUGGCAAACAACACAGAGGAUGAGAGCAUGCAGCCAGAGACGGAAAAGCCCACCUCCCCUAGGGCGCAGCAGUGUGCUGAUGCCCUUACCUCCUUUCGAUGCCCUGACAAUGAUCGGCUAGCAAUUGCUAUUCCAAGUGACUUCACGGAUGGCCGGCUGGACUUUGAUAGACACGGAGUGUCAGACCUGCCACGAUGCCCCAAGUACAGAAAAUACCAGUGGGCUUGCAACAAGCACAAUAAUGACAACUCCUCACACACCAGUACCUCAGGUUUUCCAAGCACAUUAAAGGAUUUCAGCAUUGGUGGCGCAGUGGCAGGUCAGGGGAAGCUGCCUUUGGCACAGAUCAAAGUUGAGCCACAGGUGGAAGAAGAAGCCAUCUCAUUGUGCCUGUCAGGGGAUGAGCAGGAUGUCAGGGAUAAGGACAUUGUGACAGCUAUGGAGAUGGAUAACCCAAUUUCUAUUGAAAGAACCAAGAGAACCAAGUCUCCUUCCUGCCUCCGAGCCCUCUUCAAGAAAGGGGUGGACCUCCCCAGCCUGCCCGACACAUCACAGCAGCUAUUCGCCAACAGACUUGUUUGCCUCCAGGACAAAGGAAACUCUCAGGGAGAUCAUAAAAAAGACUUUGGGCCUUUCACUGGGGAGCUGGGUCUGUCUCUUACAACCCCAAAGGACAUGGACGGUUUCCCAGCAGGGUUGUCUCUCAAAUCUGCUUCCUGUGAUGGGGUCUGCAAACAGGAAGUUGAGCUAGACCGUCGUAGUGUCAUAUUUUCCUCAGGGGCCUGCAAACGUCUGGGAACCCCAGCGCAUUCCUACCCAGGAGGGAACUCUUUGGAGAUGGAGCUCUCUGAGCACAUGCCAAAGGGCCUUUGGGCUGGAUCCAGCCAGUCUCUCCCCACCUCCCAGACCUAUUCUCCCAGCACCACCUCCACUGAACCUCCACCUCUAUGCCGCCCACGGCCCAACACCAGCUGCCCAGUGCCAAUCAAAGUAUGCCCGCGCUCGCCAACUUGUGAGACACGCACCAGGACUUCCAGCUCCUGCUCCUCAUACUCCUAUGCGGAGGACGGCAGUGGAGGCUCUCCCUGUAGCCUGCCACAAUUUGAGUUCUCCUCCUCACCAUGCUCCAAUGUGGCACGCUGCCUCAAUGUGGACCAGCAGGAGCAAAGUGUGGGAGGGGAUACCCUUUUUAACCAAGGGCAGCCCAAGAUCAAAUGUGAGCAGUCGUACGGCACCAACUCCAGCGACGAGUCAGGGUCCUUCUCAGAGGGAGACAGUGUACAGGAGCGGGGUCCAGAGGUGAAGCUCCCUUUCCCCGUAGAUCAAAUCACAAAUCUUCCAAGGAAUGACUUCCAAAUGUUGGUGAAAAUGCACAAACUGACCUCGGAGCAGCUGGAGUUCAUCCAUGACGUGAGGCGGCGGAGUAAGAACCGCAUCGCCGCACAGCGCUGCCGCAAGAGGAAGCUGGACUGCAUCAUGAACCUGGAGUGUGAGAUCAGGAAGCUGGUGCAUGAGAAGGAGAAGUUGCUGACAGAGAGGAACCAGCUGAAGGCGUGCAUGGGGGAGCUGUGGGAGAACUUCUCCUGCCUGUCCCAGGAAGUGUGCCGGGACGUCCAGCUGAGCCCCGAGCAGGUCCAGUCUCUAAACCACUACUGCCCCGUGCUGCGGCCCGCCAACUCCAUUGCCGGCAACAAUGCUGGGCACGAGCCCGAUCCCCCCUGUAGCCCCGCCCCCGGCACCAACACCAGCCCCCUCACCACCAGCAUCGACCUCACCACCCACUCAGGCUCGGCCACGCCGGAACCGAGCUUCCACGGGUCCCCCGGCCCCUUGGAGAGCGAGCCUGAGGUGGCCGUCAGGAACGGGGCUGUGAAAGAUAUGGACGGCCAAGACGCCAGCUUGUUCACAAAGUCAGGGCUGUCCACUGGAAAAAACAAACAGACGGUAACAGUUGAUUUUUGCCAGGAAAUGACUGACAAAUGUACAACUGACGAGCAGCCAAGGAAGGACAUUGCUCAGUAGUGGUGGUUCUCUGUGUUGUUGUUUUUUUUUUAUUAUUAUUUAAUUUUACUCUUCAGACAAACCCUCUGUCAGGGUUGUUGAGAUGUCGGCCUCUCCCAGUGUUCACUGAAAAACAAGCUUUUUAUGUAUUUAUGUCUUUUUGUGCUGUUUUAUUUUGUUUUUGUUUGUUUUGAACGGUUGACACUAAAGUUGUCUUAACAGCAGCAAUACUGUUCUCCAGGUAUUUUCCUCUUAUUAUGACAGAGUGGGAACUUCUCACCAAACCCUUACAAUGGUGCUACAUUCGGCCCAGCAGCAACCUCUUCAGUGGAGACUCUGCUCUUCAUGUGUCGCUCGUCACAGUUCAACCUCAUUGGACCUAAACAGCAGCUCUCUGCGUCGCUCUGUGUACCAACAGCAUCUCUGCUUCUGCCUUUCUCUUUCCCGCCUCCUUCUCUUUCUUUCCCACUCUGUUUUUUAACAAUCUUCUCUACCUCUCUCUGUCUCACCCUCUCCCUGUCUCUCUCUCUCUCUCUGCGGUCUCUUUCUCUCACUAUAUCUUAGUGGCCCUUUUCGUCACAGCAAUUCAAACUCAGGAAUAGAAAUAAAACAAAUCCUCUGAAUGUUCAACCGAAUUCACGAAAAAUGAGAAUACAGUUUCUGUACACGAGGAAGUUAACGAUGCAGUUAGACUGUAAAAUGUUCAUAUGCAAAAAAGAAAGAAGAAAAAAAAAGCGUCUUCAAGCGUCUCACAUUUGUAUUUCUGUACAGGAGAACUUUGUACAGGCUGCAACCGAAAACAUUCCUCCUUUGCCUUCCUCAGCACUGAAUUGAAAGGAAAAAAAAUGUUUUUUGCAGGUGGUUAAAUGACUAUUUUUUAUUUCCCACUCAUCAGCAAUACCAUUGUAUUUGGGUGUUGUAACAGUGACUGACUUUUCAAGUGCUUGUUUGGCAGAAUUGUACAUAGUCUGGAGCAUGAUGACUGUAACAGUGAUUUUGUACAGGUAGAGGCUUAGAUGUUUCUUUUUCACCGGGGUUAUAUCAAGCACCUUUUUGCUAAGGGAAAAUCUUUGCUUUGCUGUUUCCUGUCCUGCCUAAUGAAUAUUCCCCGUCAUGGUGGGUGUUCUUAUACUCAGGAAAUCAGCUCGAUACACAUGUAGACACUCACACACACAACAGCACAUACAGACACAUGCGUCAACACCCGUGUAAAUUUGUUAAGCCCCAUGCAUGUAUAAAAGUUAGACAUUCAAGAUGUUCUCUGUAAUGCGCGGCUCAGGCCUGCUCCUCUCCACCUUUGACUCCUCUUUAAAUGUGAAUUUGACUUGUGUUUUUUGGGGUAAAUCUUAUUUCUUAUCAGUAUUUAAAGAUGCUAUUCGUGUGAACUCGCGCAGACAUGUUUUGGGUUUCUUCAGUGUUGCCGUUUGCAGCCAUCAUCGGUGUGUCAGAUACUUUCCUUUUUUUCAAAUUGAUCCUGAAUAAUUUAUAAACCUCUUGACAAAAAGAUUUUAAGAAAUCAGUAAAUUGGACUUUAUUCAGACUUUGUUUUCCGGCCACGGAGCCAUUUAGCACUUCAAUGAGGCGCUUUGUCUUUGUUUCAGAAAAAGUCUGAGACUGGAGCACUUAAAUUGGCACUUCAAGAAGAAAAAUCACGUUGAUAUGAUUAUAUGAAUAUACAGUAAAGAAAAUCUCAAGGAAGGAGACGUAUCUGAAACCUAAAUCCAAAAGGAAUGUAAUGUUUUAGAAGAAGAGUGUUCACACCUUGUAUUUGUUUGUCUUUAGGACUUGAAUAAGCUAAUUCAGAAUUCAUUGGACGUGAAAGCAGUGUAAGCGUCGUCAGAACGAUUAAGCAACAAUCAUAUAAAAUAGAAACAUGUUUGCCCUGAUAGUG